AUAAAUUCAUUGUUCCACCUCCUCGCAUCUUCACAGCGCUCGCGCUGCUCUCGGCGCUCGCAGCGGCAGACUGGGGAUGACGGCGGGCAGGAAGACACCGCAUCCGAAGGGACCCAGACGCGCCGCUUCGCUGGCUUGCCCCAGGCCGCCCCUGGCAUUUUUGUUUUAAUUUUUCUGCCUUUUUUUCCUCUUCUUCUUGCCUUCUGGCCUGUUCCAGUAGAGUCAAGGAGAUCCCCUAAAUAAGAAAAGAAGCCGGCUCCGGAGCUGGGAACCCCGCGGCCGGCGGAUCGGGAGCAGCAAGGAGCCUGGAGGAAAGCAUGCACCAGUCUCCCGCCUGGUGCGCGGCACCUUCCUGACUUUUCUUGGUGCCCCGAUCCUAGCCGUGUUUGGGUUUUCCCCCCUUUUCUAGUACUUGCUGAAUAUCCACAACCCGGCUUUUUUUUUUUUUUUUCCCCUUUUUUCCUUUUCUUUCUUUCCUCUUCUUUCCGGAGCCCGAAUCCAAACAUUUUCCAAAGCAACAAAGAAAAGUUCGCACGCUGGCAUCGCGGCCGGGACAGGCUGGCGCUGCUACCGGGUUCCCCCUCCCUCCGACACUAGACUCAACCUUGCAAGCAAGUGUAUGUGUAUCCCCACCUCCCGCCCCGGUAACUUCCAGAGCUAAUAACAAAUAACCCACCAAGUGCCCCCCGGCGCGCAGCCCCUCCCCGCGGGCAGCGCACUAUGCUGCUCGGGUGGGCGUCCCUGAUGCUGUGCGCGCUCCGCCUGCCCCCGGUGGCCGCCGGCCCCACCGCGGCACCUGCCCAGGAUAAAGCCGGGCAGCCUCGGGCUGCUGCUGUGGCUGCGGCCGCCCAGCCCCGCGGGCGGCGGGGGGAGGAGGCGCAGGAGCCGGCCGAGCCUCCGGGCCACCCGCACCCCCUGGCGCCGCAGCGCGGGAGCCGCGGGCUCGUGCAGAACAUCGACCAGCUCUACUCCGGCGGCGGCAAGGUGGGCUACCUCGUCUACGCGGGAGGUCGGCGGUUCCUCUUGGACUUGGAGAGGGACGAUUCGGUGGGCGCCGCUGGCUUGGUGCCCGCAGGAGGCGGGCCGAACGCGACCCGGCGCCACCGGGGCCACUGCUUCUAUCGGGGCACAGUGGACGGCAGCCCGCGCUCGCUGGCCGUCUUUGACCUCUGCGGCGGCCUCGACGGCUUUUUCGCUGUCAAGCGCGCGCGCUACACCCUGCAGCCGCUGCUGCGCGGUCCCUGGGCAGAGGCGGAGGACGAUGCGCGCGUCUACGGGGACGGGUCCGCGCGGAUCCUGCACGUCUAUGCCCGCGAGGGUUUCAGCUUUGAGGCUCUGCCUCCUCGGACUAGCUGCGAGACCCACGCGUCCCCGCCAGGCGCCCGCGAGCGCCCCCCGGCGCCCAGCCGCCUGGACGGACGCUGGGCUCUGGCCCCGCAGCAGCUCCCGGGCCAGUCGGCUCCCUCGUCCGACCGGAGUCAGGGACCACGGACGUGGUGGCGGCGGCGGCGCCGCUCAAUCUCCCGGGCCCGCCAGGUGGAGCUGCUCCUGGUGGCCGACGCAUCCAUGGCGCGGAUGUACGGCCGGGGCCUCCAGCAUUACCUACUGACCCUGGCCUCCAUCGCCAACAAGCUGUACAGCCACGCCAGCAUCGAGAACCACAUCCGCCUGGUCGUGGUGAAGGUGGUGGUGCUGGGCGACAAGGACAAGAGCCUGGAGGUGAGCAAGAACGCGGCCACCACGCUCAAGAACUUCUGCAAGUGGCAGCACCAGCACAACCAGCUAGGGGAUGAUCACGAGGAGCACUAUGACGCGGCCAUCCUGUUCACUCGGGAGGAUUUAUGUGGGCAUCAUUCCUGCGACACCCUGGGAAUGGCAGACGUUGGGACCAUAUGCUCUCCUGAGCGCAGCUGUGCGGUGAUAGAAGACGAUGGCCUCCAUGCAGCCUUCACCGUGGCUCACGAAAUUGGACAUCUGCUUGGCCUCUCCCAUGACGAUUCCAAGUUCUGUGAAGAAAAUUUCGGCUCCACGGAAGAUAAGCGCUUAAUGUCUUCCAUCCUAACCAGCAUUGACGCAUCCAAACCCUGGUCCAAAUGCACCUCAGCCACCAUCACAGAAUUUCUGGAUGAUGGCCACGGUAACUGUUUGCUGGACCUACCACGCAAACAGAUUCCGGGGCCCGAGGAGCUCCCGGGCCAGACCUACGAUGCCAGCCAGCAGUGCAACCUGACCUUCGGGCCAGACUACUCCGUGUGUCCCGGCAUGGACGUGUGUGCCCGCCUCUGGUGUGCCGUGGUGCGCCAGGGCCAGAUGGUGUGUCUGACCAAGAAGCUGCCGGCCGUGGAAGGAACGCCAUGUGGGAAAGGGAGGAUCUGCCUGCAGGGCAAGUGUGUGGACAAAACCAAGAAAAAAUAUUAUUCGACAUCAAGCCACGGCAACUGGGGGUCCUGGGGAUCCUGGGGCCAGUGUUCUCGCUCCUGUGGGGGCGGAGUGCAGUUUGCCUACCGCCACUGCAAUAACCCGGCGCCCAGGAACAACGGCCGCUACUGCACAGGGAAGAGGGCUAUCUACCGCUCCUGCAGCGUCACACCCUGCCCAGCUAAUGGUAAAUCUUUUCGUCAUGAGCAGUGUGAGGCCAAAAAUGGAUAUCAGUCUGAUGCAAAAGGAGUCAAAACGUUUGUGGAAUGGGUUCCCAAAUAUGCCGGUGUCCUGCCCGGAGACGUGUGCAAACUGACCUGCAGAGCUAAGGGCACUGGCUACUACGUGGUGUUUUCUCCAAAGGUGACCGAUGGAACAGAAUGCAGGCCAUACAGCAAUUCUGUGUGUGUCCGGGGGAAGUGUGUGCGGACAGGCUGUGAUGGCAUCAUUGGCUCGAAGCUGCAGUAUGACAAGUGUGGCAUCUGUGGAGGAGACAACUCCAGCUGCACAAAGGUGGUUGGAACCUUCAAUAAAAAAAGUAAGGGUUACACUGACGUCGUGAGGAUCCCGGAAGGGGCAACUCACAUAAAAGUCCGCCAGUUCAAGGCCAAAGACCAGACCAGAUUCACUGCCUACUUAGCCCUGAAGAAGAAAAACGGUGAGUACUUGAUCAAUGGCAAGUACAUGAUCUCCACUUCGGAAACCAUCAUCGACAUCAACGGGACCGUCAUGAACUACAGCGGUUGGAGCCACAGGGACGACUUCUUGCAUGGGAUGGGCUACUCAGCCACCAAGGAAAUUCUCAUCGUGCAGAUUCUUGCCACAGACCCCACGAAAGCCCUCGAUGUCCGCUACAGCUUCUUCGUUCCCAAGAAGUCGGCUCCAAAAGCAAACUCUGUCACCAGCCAGGGCAGCAAUAAAGUGGGCUCGCCCACCCCGCAGCUGCAGUGGGUAACGGGCCCCUGGCUUGCCUGUUCGCGAACCUGUGACACGGGCUGGCACACCAGGACGGUGCAGUGCCAGGACGGGAAUCGGAAGCUGGCGAAGGGAUGUCUCCUCUCCCAGAGGCCUUCCGCGUUUAAGCAGUGUUUGCUCAAGAAGUGUUAGCCCUGUGGUUACCGUCUCCCGGACGGCUGAAAGGAUGGCUCGCGGAUGCAGGCGUGGCGAACACAGGCUCCACCUAAAGCGCAGAAAGUCACACCCUGCCGUGUCAUCGUCAACGAGGAGUCCGAUUAUGGGCAGAAUCUGCCCUCAGCGACCAAAAUGAAGGUGUGCACUGCUUCGUGGGACAGUGGUGACCUUGGAACGUGGAAACACUUGCGAGUUCUUGAACAUCCCCUGGGCCGAGGAGAUUGCAGAAACACGGAUGAAUGUAGAAUCAGGGGACAUUCGAAGAUGGCCGAGCAGGCUCUCCCUCGUCACCUACCUCUUAUAGAAUGUCUUCAAAGGCAUCAUAAUCAUUUUCAUGCAUAUUAUUUACACAGCAGCUUAUUUUUAUUGUUUGUAAAUACAUUCUUCCUUGGUAUGUCACUUUAUAUCACUCGGUUCUAUCAAAAUAUAUAUAUAUAUAUAUAUUUCUAUUAAAAAAAAAAAAGUAUUUGACCAAAGUAGGUCUGCAGCUAUUUCCACUCUUUCCAGUUUCCAGAAAGAGCUGUGGAUGUUUUACUGGAAAUUAAGAACUUGCUGCUGCUUUAAAAAGAGUUAGUUAUAUGUUCAGACUCUGGGAGAUAUAAUUUUUGUCAAAAACCAUUUUGACAGCAAGCAUCUUCUGAGAAAUUCUGAAAAGAAAAAAGGGUCUCAAUGUAUCUAGUCAUUUAAAUAUAUGCAGGGGUCCAUUUAUUUAAAUCACUAACUGCCUGUAUUUUUUCAGGCAGCCAGACAAAUUAAUGUAUCAUGAGGAGGUAGAAGAAGUGUUUGUGUGUGUAUCAGUAUUCAAAGGUCUGAAAAUUAAUUUCCUCCUGUUAGAGUUUAAAAGUAAAAACAAACAAAAAAAUACCUGCUUCACCAUAUUUUCAAGUUAUAUUUUCACAACUGCUUUCUCUCUCUGUGGCUUCUAUCUGAUAUCUCACAAUGUGUUGUAGCCAUACAGAACACACAGCAAAGUCUUCAAUCACAUUCAACACUGGUAUACCUCUUACCAGCAAGCCUUUAUAAUGCGUUUUGUUUUCGCUCGUUUGUUUGCUUUGUUCAAGGGUUCUGAACCUACGAUGUUUUGGACUUGUUGACUUGGUAGUCUGACGCAUGUAGAAGUGGUUAUCGUUAAUGUGGCUAGUGCAAAAAAAAAGUGAAUAUUAACAAGACUGUUUCCACACCAUGGGCAAUAAUUCUUUGCAUUUUUUUUUUAAUCCAAGUAUACUGAUACUGUUAAGAGUGUUCCCAGUUAGAAAGCAUUUGGUAGUAUCAGUGAGUGAUGAAAUGUGAUGGCCUUUGCAAAGUUUGCUCUUAUUUCCAUAGCCUGUUUAGGUAGAUUGUGAGUUGGAAUAGUUAGACAUGGAAAAUUUUUCCAGUCACCUGCAUAGAAACUUUAUAGGCAAUAAACCACAUCCCUCUAUGCCAUGGUUCAGAAAAACUAAAAUAUUUCAUUUUAUUUGAUUUUUCUUUGUGAAAUAGCACAAACAAUUUGCUUUUAUGAAAUUUUAUAAUAAUCCUACCAAAUGUGCCCUAUUAUUAGAGAUUUGCUUAUAAGGAUAUUAGGGAACUACUAUUUGAGUUUCCUUAAACUCAUAAGAGUUUAUUUUUGUCAUAACAUAUUUUUAAUAUAAAAGAAUUAUGUAAUUGAUCUUGAUAUAGCACAUUCAUUUCAGUAAACCAAGGGAAUGGAUGUCUCUGUGUUUCAAGUAUUUUCUCAAGAAAUCAAAAGUGUUAAAUCAUCCUUUGGGUUUUUGUAGGCUGACUUCAUUGUAGACAUGGUCCUUUUUCUUAAUCAAGUACCAGCUAGAGAAUGGAGGCCUGUACAUGACUGGUAACCUUCAUUUGAUGAAGGUACCUGAUAUGAGGCACUGAGAGCAAAGCUGUUCCCAUCAGUAGAAAAAAGAAAAAUAACACUGAUCAUUUGACUAUGCUGAGAGAAUUAACAGACCAGCUUUACUUUUUCCAAUAUUCAAAAUAACUUGAAUCAAGUAAUUCAGCUAUGGCAAUUUUUUAAUCUUUUGUGGUUGUAUUGGCAGUAACAUUAAAAAAAAUUGAAGAGCAAACGUGAUUGUCUCCUAUUCUGCUUCUCCAUACUGUAUUCAUAGAUUUGUAAAAUAUGAUUUAUCAAUGAUUCCAAUUUUCCCCAAAUACCGAAGUUUUACACUUCUCGUAGGAGCAAUCCUAGAGAGUUUAAAAUAAAUAAACCACUAUUCCAUGCUUCUAUCUAAGGGGCUUUUUUUUUUUUUUUUUGUAUGGGUAUCAGUAGAUUGACUAAGGAAUGUAUGUCUAAACUCCUGAGAAAAUAUAUAGACUGGAAACUGAAAUUUAGAGAAAUGGAGUGUUUGGUAGACACAGAGAAUGAUGAGCAAAGGAAAAAUCCUCACUAUAUGCACAGUAAUUUAGUUCAGUUUCAAGUUGUGUUAUGCCUUUUCCCUUUCCAUAGUUGCAUCUUGAAUUAAGAGUGUAAAAUUCAGGAUGCUGGAAGCCACUUCCUAAAAAGAAAAGAGUUUAAAAGAGUUUGUAUGAAAAUGCUCAGGUUAGUAAGAAUCUAAUCACACUCACAAAACUAAACGCUCCAGAUUGUUUCAGUAGAUAAAAGGGAUCCCUGAACAAUACAACGUUUAUUUCUUCUGGAACAGAAAAUGUCAAAUGAAGCCCUACCUUGUCGUUUAGAGGCUUAAGGACAUUGUUUUAAUUUAUUCAACCAAUUCAAUUUCCUCUGCCUUCCUGUGGAAACAGUUUUAGCACAUUAAGAAUGAAGGGAUUAAUCACAGACAAAAAAAAUGCAGCACUGAAAAAAAAAGUAAUUUAUUGUUUUUGCAACUGGUAUGUGAAUUUGUGUGAUAAAAUUAUUUAUUCUUAUUUAACAAAAAUAUGUGCAAAUUCUUCUAUAUUUAAGAUGUUUUGCUGUUGUCCUACUUUUUAAUUUAUGCUUCAUAUUUGUGUAUAAAGUACACUUUGUGAGUUUACAUAAUAUAUGGCACUGGUUGCUUUUGUAUUUUUUUUUUUUUUACUGAAAGCUUUCUGUGUGAAACAGGUGUAUAUGUGUAUAUUCCUUAUGUAUUCUUAUUCUGAUACUGUUCCUUUCCUUUCUAAGGACAUUUUAAAUUUAAUCUUCCAUGGCUAGUAGUGUUCAUCACUUGUAGUUAUGUUAACAGGUCUUUGGGUUCCUAAUCUUCCCAAACCUCAGCUAAGAAACACAUUUAUUCAAGGAACUAAGGUCUAAGUUUAAAACCAGAGUAUAUAGGUAGCCUGGAAGCUUCCAGUAGAAGCUAAGACAAUUCAGAAUCAGGUCCAUACACUUUCACUGACAAACUUGGACAAGGAGUUGUUGAUAUAUCACAACCUCCAAAUGAUAUCAAUGAUAAUACAGCAAAAUAACUUCUGCUGCUGCUUUAGAAACCCUUCUUAACAUUAGUAUCAUUUCCUCUCAGCAUCUUUAGGAAUUUAUAAAUGAGAGUAAACAAAUCGAAUUUAAAUGAUUUAGAUGUUCGUAGUCAUAGCUGUUUCUGCAUAACUUUCUGUAGUCACAACUGUUUCUGGAUCUCCAUUGAUAUGAUAUGAUGUUUUACUAUUACAAGUUAAUCUUUUGGAGGGAUAAUAUUUGGGACAAGCAGGGACACCUUUAUCACACCAGCUUGCCCCAGACUAUAAUUUCACAAUCUGGUCACAGUAAGGCAAAGCACCUCUGGACACGCAGUUGACCAGAUCAAUCUUUGGUUCUGAUGUUUCUCCCCUUGGCUCCUUUAUUAACAAGAUCAUUUUAAUGGUUUAGGAGAGGACAGCAGCCAGAUCCAAAGAAGUUCAGGACUUGUGCUAUAACUUAGAGUUCACUGUGAAAUAAGAUUGAACUUAACAACCGCUGGAUUUUGCUAAUAGUUUGUGGCUGAGUAUGAAAUCUUAUCUGCAUGAUCAGUGACUAUUAUUAAUCUAUUAAUAGUCAAACUUGAAGUGAUAGAAACACCUUAUAUAUUUUUUUUUAACAUUUCAAAGUUACAAAGAAACCUCUGAGUUACUAUUUUAUUCUACAUGAAUGACCUUGAGAACACAAAUGGCCAUUCAAGUGCAGGGUCAAGGUGAUCUAUCAUAUAGACACACAGAAAAGGAACUUGUAUGUUUUCUCUCUUAUUUUUCUAAUUUGACAACAACCUGUAGUUUUAGGUUGUCAAACAGGUAGACCAACUAAGUGGUUAGAUCAACUAGCCCACUGAAAAAUACAGUCUUUCUAGUAGCUCCCUGUUAGCAUGAACUACGGGGCUUCCUUUGUAGCUCAGCUGGUAAAGAAUCUGCGUGCAAUGCCGGAGAUCUGGGGCUUGAUCCCAAGGAUAAGAAGAUCCCCUGGAGAAGGGAAAUACCCAGUCCAGUAUUCUGGACUGGAGAAUUCCAUAGACUGAAUAGUCCAUGGAGUUGCAAAGAGUCGGACAUGACUGAGUGAGUUUCACUUUCACUAGCAUGAACUACAGAAAUGACUUUUCAAGUUACAGCUCUUAAAACACAUCAGUCUACACUGCAUACUGAAUGUUCUAUUCAAUUAAUAUAUGAGAACAUAUUGAAACACCAACCCAUGCAUCAGUGAUUCAGAAAAUGAAAAUAUACAUAGUGUUCAGAUCAGGAAAGUAUUCCAUUUGGCUAUCCUGUUGCCAUGCUAUCAUAAUUGUCAAUGCAGAUUUUGUAGAAAAGAUAAAGGAAUGUGUUGUUAGAAAAUGUUGGUUUUAAGAUGGAAUAGGACUGAAAUAAAUAUAUAUAUAUAUAUAUAUAUAUUCAUUAACUUGCACUCUCUUAAUGUUCUCACACUAACAGUAAGUUUGCUGUCUGUGGUCCAUAUCUCACGGCUCCACCAGCUGGUCCAUGUGCACUGCCAUAGGUUAAGUGAAAAAAAAAAAUAAUGGCCCAUCAUCCUAUUGCGGGUUCAAUCUUUGGGUUGGGAAGAUCCCCUGGAGUAGGAAAAUGGCAACCCACUCCAGUAUUCUUGCCUGGAAAAUCCGAUGGGCAAAGCAGCCUAGUGGGCUACAGUCCAUGGGGUUGCCAAAGAGUUGGGCAUGACUGAGCACACACGCACACAUCUUCCUAUAAGGCACUGCCACAGCAGAAUGAUCCAAGUCUAACACUGUGAGGACAACUGUGAUUUACAAAUAAAACAGGGAUUUUUUUUUUUUUUUUUUUUACUUUUCCUUUGGCACAUCCAAUGAACAAUUGCAAUCUUUAUCAAGGUGCUAGCAUUUUCAGUGACCCAACUGCCAAAUGCAGUAUUACUGAGUUACUAUUUUAUUCUACGUGAUUUCUUGGUUUGCAAGAAAGAGCUCUUUAAGUCUUUUUGUCAAGGCUGGGCACAACUUGAUAAUCAAAGUUUGGGAAAUUGUACCUAAUGGUCAUUCAGAUUGGCAGGGUUUAGUGACAGAAGCUCCAUGUACAUUGAGGAUAUUUAAGGUGACAUCCAAACUUGAAAAGCAUCAGGUCACCGUAGCCCAGUUUUAGAUGAGUCACAUUCCAUCAUGUACUAAGGCAUCUGCAUUCCUUUCAAACAAACUUGUUUCAAGUUUCUUAUACACAAAGGACCUUUUGUGUAUAUUUGGCUGGAUUUCAAGUUAUGCAGUAUUUUAUGUCUGUACACUUGGCUACUCUAUCUCCAUCUUUUCUGUAACAACUCACAACGUAUUAGAAACAUUUCACCCCAUGCUGAGUAUAUCUAAGAUAGAGUAUCAUACUGUGUGACUUUGUGAAACUAGACUUUGGAUUAAGAAAUUUAUAUUGUCUCUGGAUGGUAUUUUUGCAUUGCACACUCCAGCAUAACAUAAAUGUAGGAGUUGACAAAUACUGCUUACAUUUUAAUAAGAUCAUUCAUCAGAGAAAAUCAUGCAUGUGCUUUGUAAAUAGACUGUGGAUAACUAAACAGAUUUCAGGAAUAUGUUGGAUUUGAUGUGGGCAGUGGCCACAGAUAUUUGACUUCCAUAUUAGUGUCUGUGAGUCAAGUCAAGUAAUAAACCAAAAUAGGUAUAGAACUGAUAUUUUUAAGUCUUGAAAGAUGCUUUCAAGGCAGAGUAAAAUAUUGAAGAUUUACAUGCUGUAUACAAGCAGUAAAAUGUAAGCUGCUUUUUACUCUCAGUUUUCCAGAAGUGAUGGCAUUUUUUCAGUGAAUACAAUGCUGUUGGAAAAUUAAAAAAAAAGAUCUUGGAAAACGAAGACGGGUCUUGUUUAAAAUGUCUCUUCAGCUUUGGCAUAUUUCAAACCUGAAACAACUAUUGAAAGCAUUACUGUGUUUUGUAGCCUACAUUCCACAACAGCUCUGUUAUUCAGGUAAACCACUUGAUAUAAGAUGUUUGGGACCUUUACUGUAAUAUUUUUCAUUAAGGAACAAUAUCCUAUUUUGUAAAGCAUUUCCUUAUGUGUGACUUUAAACUGUAAAAUUAAACAUUGGUUUUGUGGUUUCAGUGGGCAUAAUAAAUGUAAAUUGUAAAAUA